GUAACAGCUCGUUUUUCGGGUUGAUCAUCGUAGGUGAGUCUGACCGUUUGGGUCUGAGUUUACAUUUUAAACUGAUCUCACGAUGAUAAGGGUGACUCACUGCUCCCCUUCCCCAUGUGUUCCCAUCCAUGUGUUUACAGUUGGUUUCGUUCUGGUGGGUUCAGGUUCCACCUGCAGGCCCAGAGAAUACACAACCAGGGACGGACAAUGCUGUCCGAUGUGUCAAGAAGCUGCAGCAUUUUUUCCAAUGAGAUGAUUUCAGUGUCACUGCAGAGUCCCUGCAGCUAUGAUGUCUACCAUAGACAUAGCGGAAAAGUGGUAGGCAAAGACUGCACGGCUGGGUCAGGAACACGAUGCAUUCCCUGUGAGACUGGAACCUACAUGAACAAACCCAACGGCCUGAACAGUUGUUUCUCCUGCUCCUCCUGUGAUUCAGGCUCUGGACUCUCUAUCAAGCAGAACUGCACGUCUAAAUCAGACACAGUCUGUGAUGUUUUACACGGAUAUUUCUGUAAAAGCUGGACAGACAGUUCAGGAUGCAGCACAGCAGCGAAACAUUCAGCCUGUAAACCUGGACAGAGAAUAAAACAUCCUGAUGCUCUGAACGCCAAACUAAGGUCCAAGAAGGAAGCUCAACGAGUGACGUUGUCUGCAGUAAUGGAUCAAAGCGACACAGACAUACUUUGCGUGCCCCUUUUCUUGGCCUAG